AUUGUCAAACAGGCAACUGCUGUGCAGCAAGCAAUCUGCAAUUCUGCAAAUCUACGGCGACCUGUCAAAUACUUUAUUUUUUUCAUAACAACACAGCGAUUUAUUUUUAUGCAUUUAUUUGGUUAGAAAUUGUUAUUAGUGAAGAUCGAUAUGGAUUAUAUUGCAUCAGAAAAAGGAGACACUGCUGAGAACAGAGAUCCAAAUUCACUAGCGUCAAAUGGCGCAUCUAAGGCCUGCAUUGAUAAACUUUCAAAUAUUGAAAUCGGAAAAUCGCAAAUAGAAGUUCAAGAGAGCGCGGCAAGCACAUCAGAAUCUGUCGACGAUUCAGACGUUUGUGAAAUACCUGAACAAAUCGAAUUUCAUGUAGUUUUCAAUAAAGCAAAAUAUGACAUCACAUUCGCGUAUGAUGCUACUGUUUUAGAGUUGAAAGCACAUCUCGAAAGGAUAUGUGGUGUGCCACAGUCAGCUCAAAAAUUAAUUGUAAAAGGCAUGGCCAAAAACGAUCUGACACUUCGUAAAGCUGGGAUUGUUAAAGGUGGUAAAGUUAUGCUUGUAGGGUCUAAAAUGGAUGAUAUUUUGGCAGUGAAGAGUGCACCAAAGGAAAUACUAGAGGAAAAAAGUAAUAGCCAAGCAAACAAGGAACCUCUCUGUAUGCAAAAGAAUCACAGGAAGGUUCUGGAUAAAGGUAUCCCACCAGAUGUUAUGCCCGGGAUAAAAGGUGUGAAGGAACCUCUACCACCUGUCCCGUUAAGUGGGAUGCUAAAUAAACAUGGGGGUAAGGUGAGACUUACAUUUAAACCAGAGCAAGACCAGCUGUGGCUUGGGACUAAAGAAAGAACUGAGAAAUUGGCCAUGACUUCAAUUAAAAGUAUAACAUCCGAGCCAAUAAAGGAUCAUGAAGAAUAUCAUAUAAUGGGUCUUCAGUUUGGACCAACGGAAUCUAGUAGGUAUUGGAUAUACUGGGUGCCAGCUCAAUAUAUAGAGGCCAUAAAAGAUGCUGUGUUGGGUGUAUGGCAAUUUUUCUAAUUCUGGACAUGCCCCUGAUGUCAAUUUACCUACUUGGAUAGUUGCAAUAUCUAUAAACACUUAAUUGUCGCCCUAGUACCAACAUAUCUAUCUUACAAUUCACAAUAAUUAUAUAAUAUUAACCGUCAGUUGUGCAAGGGCCUCACAUUUUAGAUACAGAAUAUAAAUAUUAUGUAUUUCAGUUUUUGUAAGUACAAUUAUUACAGAAAUCAUGUCAUUAAAUUCAUAAUUUUUGUAUUACCAUACCCAUAGAAUGUGUAUGGUGUAGUGUAUUAAAUAUUUUUCUGUGUUCAAAUGCAUCAAGCUUUAUUCACAUACAAAAAAUGCUGAAUCAAAGAUCUCCCUUCUUAUUCACUUGUCUCUCUAUGCAUACUCCUUUUCUUUUGCUGUCAUUUGUUAGGUAUUCAUUGAAUUGUUUUUUUUUUGAAGAAAUUUGCUACAUUUCCAUGUCAUUUAUUUAGUUUUGCAAUUCAUAAGACUAAAUUAAUGAAAUUUUUCUUUGUGAAAUCCAAAUAGGUAUGCUUUUUCAAAAGUGACUCUGUUGAUUUUAUAUAAAUUGAUGAUCUCUAUUGCUUCAAUUCUACAAGCAUUGUAAAAUACAUUUGUAAACAGCUAAGGAUUGAUUCAAAAACUCACUUGACUGCUAAAUUAUUUAAUGAAAUUAUAUUUGUAUAAGGCCUGUAAAGUUUAUUUUAAAAAUUGUUUUAGUUCUUGCUUCAAUCCUUCUCUGUUAAUUUGAUAACAGAAUUAGAAAACAAAAUAUAAUAAAUGUUGUGAAAA